AUGUCGGACAUCAAAACAAACAUUGGAACAACUGCAACACAGAAUAAGAAGGUCGUGGGAGAGGCACUGGACAUCGACGAUGCCGCUCUACGCGCUCAAGGCAGGGAGGCAGAGCUGAAAAGGUCAUUUUCCUGGGUCGGGGCUUUAGGAUUGGCGUUCGGCAUCACGAACUCAUGGCUGGGAUACGCCUCCUGUUUUGGUCUAGCCCUCUCAUAUGGCGGCGGACUGACCGCAGUAUUUGGACUCAUAAUCGCUGGAGUUGUGCAAUGGAUUGUGCUUCUGGGACUUGCGGAGCUGAGCUCUGCAUUUACAUCUUCCGGGGGGCAAUACCACUUCACGUACAUACUUGCGCCCCGGCCAUUCAAAAACUUUGCAGCAUACACGGUGGGUAUCAUCAACGUUAUCACAUGGUGGGUGACAACCGCAUCAGGGACUUUUGUGACGGCCAUCUCGGCCUUUGGGAUAGCUAGGUUCUGGCACCCUGGAUUUGCCGGUGAGCAAUGGCAGAUAUACCUUUGCUAUGUGCUCGUGAUAGCCAUUAGCUUAAUUCCCAUAUUCACUAUUCCCAUUCGUCACAUCGAUUAUCUCACUAAGACAUGCAUGUUCCUGUCUGUUGUUGGUUUCGUGACCGUGAUGGUGAUUACACUCGUUAUGGGUCGCGGUGUAUAUCAUCCUAGCAACCUUGUCGAGUCUCACGGAAACAGUGGUUGGAAUGCUGGUCCGGCGUGGAUGAUGAGCAUCGGGAUUGGCGAAUAUGCCUUUGCAGCUGCUGGAGCCUGCACACACAUUGCGGAGGAGAUUCCUCGUCCGAGCCGUCGCGUGCCUUUGGUCAUCAACCUGACAAUGGUUGUGGGUAUGGUUACGGCUGUCCCGUGGAUACUAGCCGCCGCUACGUUGAUUCAAGACGUGGAUUCCGUACAGAGCUCAUUUCUGCCGAGCCUUGAACUGUUCUAUCAGGCGACCGGAAGCAAAUCGGCGGCGACAUUUAUGCAGGCGUAUAUGACGAUGUUGUAUUAUUGUACCGUACAGAAUGGGCUGCCAUUCUCGAGCUAUUGGAACCACAUCCACCCACUCUACAAUAUACCUGUUCGCACGACACUCCUAUCAGCCGGGUUCUGCCUGCUCUAUGGCUUGCUGUACAUUGCCAGCUCGCGAGCAUUCAAUACUAUCAUCAACACGGCCGUGAUCAUGUUGAACCUCACAUAUACCGUUCCUCAGGGCAUUCUGGCAACAUGUGGUAGGCAUCGGCUGCCACGUCGCCCGUUUGAUCUGGGCGUCUGGGGCUACGCAGUGAACGUGUUCUCGGUCCUGUGGCUUAUAGUCAGCGGAACAUUUUUCUGUUUUCCUGUCGCACUACCGACUACAGUGGGCUCAAUGAAUUACAGCUCGGUGGUGCUGGUUGGAAUAUUUGUGCUCGUCCUAUUACUCUGGAUAAAUCGACGGAAGAAAUUUUCUGGACCAGAGAUUGAUUGGGAUAUGUUGAACGCGAGUAAUUCUUGA